CACCAUCACCACCACUACCACCACCACCAUCACGCGCACGAUAUACACACCUUAACCUAUCCACGACCCGUCUCCCACCCACCAUUCUCCCACCCACCCACCCACGUACAAAAUGCAAGCCUACCACAAAGCCGAAAAAGCGAAAGCGAUCAAAAAGUCUAAGGCAGCGCAGCUCAAGGAGCGGACCGAAAAGCUCUCGCGGCGCAAUCCGGAGCGUCUACAGCGACAAGUCGACGAGCUGCGCGAGGCGAUCGAGGCCGGCCAUGCCACUGCACACAAUAAAAAGACCCUGACGGAUCUGGAAAGGGAUCUGGCUGCUGUGAGGAAGGCGCGCAAGGCGCUCGGGAUAGAGGAUAAGGAGCCUACGGCGACGAGGAAACGGGAGAGGGAGGAGGAUGGGGAGGGGGGGAAAGGGGUCAGUGGCGAGGGGGAUUGGAGGGGGAGACGGAGGGAGAUGAGGCUGGGACGCGGGGAGACAGGCAGGGCGGAUGCGGGAGACGCGAGUGAUUCUGAUGACUCAACCGCCUCCUCCGUCGCCGACAUCCCCAUGCCGCCCGGCCCGCUGCCACCGCUACCAGGCGCCGCCCCAGCGAUUACUACCUACGAGUCCGCGCCGAUACUGCGGGAUCUACGGAAAGAGGCAGCGGCGUUCGUGCCUGUUGCUGUAAAGCGGAAGUUGGAGACUGAGAAGGCGCAGAGAGAGGGGGAGCAAGAGGAGACGAAGGCGGAAGCAGAGAUGGGGACAGGAGCCGAGGUCGAAAUGGGGUUUACGACAAGGGUCAAUGCUGCACCCGAUGUGGAUGUGGAUGUUGAUGCGGAGAUCAGGAGGUUUGCGGCCGAGGUGGAGGAGGCGGAGGAUGAUGGCCGGUAAGGUGGUGCAGUGGCAGUGAUGUGGUAAUGGCCGAUAUGAUCAAUAAUGGUCCGUUAUGCUGGACUUAGGUGAAUGGCACAUGUCAUGGUGUGGUGGAUGGGUCUUUUGGAAGACUAAAAUUUGAGCGUAUGGACGGUGUAAUGCAACUGGCGACACAAUGUGCGGACAGUAGUACCGUAGACUGCCUUUCACACACACAUACGCACACGGACAUACACAUAGCAGAGUACCAUCAGGUUUUCGAGCACGAUAGUUUCACAAAAGCGAG